CUACGUGUAGAGGGAGUGAUUUGCUCGUCUGUGGUAGGUAUUUGACGUCGGCAGACGCGUCCGGCACUUAUCCGUUUGUUGUCGGUUUUUGUUGCACGGAUCAAAGGGAUCUGGCGCGGGCGCCCGGCGCGAGAGUGCGGUGUGUCCACACGUCUGACGACGCAUCAGUGUUCAGCGGGAAGCGAGUGAGAGUGCACGCGUGAUUUUCGCCGUUCUUUUUUACCUACCGCCGUUUUUUUCUUGCUUGUUGAAAUGGCAAACAUGAGCACAGAGGAAACAUUUAAAUUUCUGGAGCUGUAUCAAGCAGAAAACUGCCUGUGGAAUCCCAAAAAUAAAUACCACAAAAAUAAAAAUGUUAUUAAUGAUUCAUGGAAACGUAUUGCUGAUACGAUGGGCAUUCCAGUGCAUGAGUUAAAAAAGAAAAAAGAUAAUCUUCUUAGUACAUUUAGAACGAAUUUAAAAAAAAGAAAUGCAUCCAUUCGGUCAGGGGCGGGAACAGAGGAUGUGUAUCAGCCCAUAUGGAUAUUUUACGAUGUGAUGGCUGCGUUUUUAACAGAUGUUUACGAAUCCACAAGUAUUCUAAAUACAGAGGAAAAAACACAACCUGAUUUGUAUGAAGAGGAUAGCGCUUCUAACGUGCAGGUUAGUGAUAAUAUUCCGGAUGCUAAAAACGAAGACCAUAAUGAUGCCGACAUCCCUACUACAUCUCAAAACAAACCAAUUAUUCAGUCACAAAAACGUCGUGCUAAAGAUCCACCCGAAAUGCAAGAAGCCAAUAAAAAAAUGAGUACUGCUUUUACAGCAUUAAAUAAAGCAUUGGCUAACAAAGAAAACAUAAAAGAAGAAGACGAAUGCGAUUUAUUUUGUAAAAUGUUGGCAAAACAAAUAAGGGAGUAUCCAAAACUUGAAAGGGAAGAAAUAAUGUACGAGCUUCAUGGUGUUAUGAUGAACAGACGUCGUCGUUACAACACGAUGCAGGGUAGAUCAUAUGCUGUUUCUUCUCCUUCACAAAUAAUCCUCAGUCGACCUAGCACGAGCAACAGCAUGUAUCUAUCAACACCGUCACCUGUAUACGUAGUAGACUCCCCCCAUUCAGUUCAGUCACCACCACAAAAUAUGGCCAAUCAACAAACCGAAAUGGUUAACAUUAUUUCACAAGAAGUACUUGUACCACAAACAAGUAAAAUGUAUUACGAAAGCUGUUUAAAUAUGACGGACGAUAAUAACACCGAUCACCCUUAAUUUGUCAAAGCAAACUGAAAGUACCUACUUACCUAUUUGUCAAAGCAAAGUUUUUUGUAAACUGUUGAUUAUUCAUUACAAUACAAUUAAUAAUAAAGAUUUUGGAUUAAAUUAUGUGGUUUACCUUCACUAAAUCCUUUAACACGUUAUUGAGCGCUAAACAUACUUCAGGAACAAUAAUGGAUAUAACUUGGCUUGAAAUUUUAAACAGGUAAUG